AUGGGAGACAAUCUUCUGGAAUCAUACAACCCUCUAUAUGAUGUCCAUCUCCGGCAGUAUUUUGCUCUCCCUCAUAUGCAAAAACAUUUGAGAAAUCUUGGACUGCUCGAUGGGUCUGCUGGACAAAGUGAGGAGUUACACGCCGGUCAUUUACAAAUGAUGGAUAUGAUGUUACGGAAUAGAGAAAGAGUACUUCAACAAUUAGUAGACCUUCAACGUAAAUUGGAUGCAGCUGAGAAAGUGGAGCUUUACAGACGUAUUCGAAGUGGAGUUACAAACGCAGAAGAAUUAGAACGUUCACAUGUUUCACGUAGUCUUUCGCGUCCAGCUAGAAGUUUGUUUUUUUUAAUUUUAUUUAUGGGGGGAGAAGCGGCACUGACUUUCGUGUAA